GCGGGCUGCGGGCUGCGGGGAGGGAGCGGAGUAGCUGAGCGGAGCGAGGCGGCCCCGGGAGAGCGGCCCGGGGCGUCAGGGGGCGCGGAGCCGGCCGGGGCGGGAUGAGGGACCGGCUGCCGGACCUGACAGCGUGUAAGAGUAAUGAAGAUGGAGAAACAACUGUGGUUGUUGAGAAGGACCAUUUCAUGGAUGAUUUCUUCCAUCAAGUUGAAGAGAUCAGAAAUAAUAUAUCCAAAAUAGCACAAAUUGUUGAAGAAGUAAAAAAAAAUCAUAGCAUCAUCCUCUCAGCACCAAAUCCAGAUGGAAGGACAAAAGAAGAGCUAGAAGAAUUGAACAAAGAAAUCAAGAAAAUUGCUAAUAAAAUUAGAGCCAAGUUAAAAGCUAUUGAACAAAGUUUUGAUCAAGAUGAGAAUGCCAACCGAACAUCAGUGGAUCUCCGGAUACGAAAAACACAGCAUUCUGUACUGUCUCGGAAAUUUGUGGAAGUUAUGACAGAGUAUAAUGAAACACAGACUUUGUUUCGGGAACGAAGCAAAGGACGGAUACAGCGUCAACUAGAAAUAACUGGAAAAACUACCACCGAUGAGGAACUAGAAGAAAUGUUGGAAAGUGGGAAUCCUUCUAUUUUCACUUCAGAUAUUAUAUCCGAUUCUCAAAUUACUAGGCAAGCUCUCAAUGAAAUUGAGUCACGUCACAAAGAUAUUAUGAAAUUGGAGUCCAGUAUACGAGAGCUACAUGAAAUGUUUAUGGAUAUGGCUAUGUUUGUUGAAACUCAGGAUAAGAAGAGGCUCCCCUCACUGGACCCCAUUGGUCAGGCAGAGGCUGGAUCUCCGCUUGUCCAAGGGUGCUGAGGAGGGGCCCCUCAUUCUCAUGUGGAUUGGACCACAUGGCUUCUGAGGUCCCUUCUGACAUGGAGGGUUGGUUUUUUUGUUUUUUGUUUUUGGCAUUUUCAAUUGUUUAUCUUGUGGGAAAAGUAUGGAAAUUGAAUAUCUAUUUUGUUUUUGAACAUUUGAGGGUUGUUUUUUUGCGGGGCAAUUGGGGUUAAGUGACUUGCCCAGGGUCACACAGCUAGUAAGUGUCAAGUGUCUAAGGCCAGAUUUGAACUCAGGUACUCUUGAAUCCAAGGCGGUGCUUUAUCCACUGUGCCACCUAGCUUCCCCUGAACAUUUGUUUUUGAAACUGAAUGUUAAUUUUGUAUUUCGGUGGCCAGUGUUAGACACUGAAAACAAUUAUCUUGAGGCAAAGGCCACACUCAGAGGGAGUCAUGUAUAUGUGGUAUAACAUGGAAGUUUUGUAAAUAGGAUUUUAGUUUGUCUGAAUGACUAAUUAAAAUAUAAAGUCUAAGGUCAGAUGUGUUUCAUAGGUAUACAGGCUCGAGGUCAGAUCAUGUGGCUCUGAAGAGAUUCUGCUUUUGAUUUUUGUGCACUAUUGGAGAUUCUUGAUUUGGCUCAUUGUGCAUCCAUUGGGUCCAUUAAAGAUGGAUACACCUCCCUUCUCUGUGCCCUCCCCCCAGAUAUGACAAUAGACUAUUCCUCAAUAAAUGCAUUCUUAUUGAAACAUUUCCAAUCUGCACUUUUCCUUUUUACCAAAAUUUGAGUAAUCAUUCUUUCUUGUGCUCCUGACUUUAGGAUAGACAGUGAGACAUUCAUGACCAUUAUCCUCACAUGGAGACGGUUCCCAUCAGAAUUCUACUUAAGUCAGUGUUUUGUUUUGUUUUUUGGUGGGGCAGUGAAGGUUAAGUGACUUGCCCAGCUAGUAAGUGUCAAGUGCCUGAGGCUGGAUUUGAACUCAGGUCCUCCUGAAUCCAGGGCUGGUGCUUUAUCCAGUGUGCCACCUACCUGCCCCCUUAAGUCAGUGCUUUUAAGCCCCUUUAUGUUUUGCUAAUUUGUGGGGGAGUGAAUUUGUAUUCAUGACAAGGGUUGGUUUCAUGAAAACUUCAGUGAUCUUUUCAAUAUGACAACUUUAUUUUAAACAACUUGCCACUAAGUUGAUUGAGAAAAUUGUCACGUGCUAGCAGCAUUUUUGCCAAAAGAAGUUAACUACUGUGUGUAUGUAUUUAGGGGAGGGAUUAUUUCACUUCCUUCCCCCCUCCCUAUUUUGCCUAGUGCCUAUUGCCAUUAAUGAUACAGAAAAUGGAUGCAGAUAGUACUACUCAUUUCUUAAUUCCUGAAUUAUCCCAAAGGAAACAAAUCAGCUAGGUGAGAAUUAUUAGAGCCUCUUCUACAGAAAGAAAGUAAUUCUUUCAUUGGGCUUCAUUAGAAAAAUCUUAGCACUUUGCAGAUUUGUCUUGUCAAUUACUUUUUGAAAUCAUUAGUAUAAUUUCUCCCACAUAGACUCACUUGGGGAUAGUAAUUGUAUUGAUCUAAUAUAGUUCAGACUGUGUUGGGAAAUUUAAA